AUGGCGGCCUCCCAGGACCAGUCGGUCCCGUCCAUCGAGGGCCUCACUCUGCACUCCACGGACGUCCAGUCGAAAUUCCCUGCCUGCUAUCCGUCCUUGAACCCCGUCGACAUCUAUCGCGAACACAUUGCAGAAACUAUCGGCAAGAUCAGCGACAUUGACCCGAAGUUAGUUUACACAAAGCUGGCAUGGACGAAUAGUCUGGACAAGGGCGAUUUGACUCUGCCAGUUCCUGCCCUGCAAGUCAAGGGCAGGAAGCCCAACGAAUUGGCCGCCGAACUCGUGGAAAAAUUCCCUGCCUCAGAUCUCAUCGAAAAACCUGCCGCACACGGCGUCCAUAUUCAGUUCUUCUUUAAGCCCGAGCCUUUGUUGAAGACAAUCAUCAACCGCAUUCUCGAGAACAAAGCCACGUAUGGUACGAACGGCAAUCUCGGUCUUCAUGACCCCUCAGACGCUUCCAAGGGAAAGAAGAAGGUUAUUAUUGAAUUUUCCUCACCCAAUAUCGCCAAGCCCUUCCACGCCGGCCAUCUGCGCAGUACAAUUAUUGGUGGUUUCCUCGCGAAUCUAUUCACGAUUACCGGAUGGGAGGUCAUCAAAAUGAACUACUUGGGUGACUGGGGAAAACAAUACGGUCUGCUGGCGACCGGGUUUAAACGAUAUGGUAGCGAAGAAGCUCUUCUGAAAGACCCUAUCAACCACUUGUUCGAUGUUUACGUCAAGGUCAACCAAGAUAUGAGCGCCCAAGACGUACCGAUCAAAGAGCUCAGGGAAACCAUCAAGGCAAAGAAAGAAAAGAAUGAAGAUGUAUCGGCAGAUGAAGCUCAACUUAAGAAACUGGUCGAUGAGAGUGAUGACGAGAAAGCCCGUCGUUAUUUUAAGAGUAUGGAAGACGGUGACGCGGAUGCCCUGGCAUUAUGGCGACGAUUCCGUGAUCUCAGUAUUCAAAAAUACAAGCAGACAUAUGCUCGUCUGAACAUUGACUUUGAUGUCUAUUCAGGUGAAUCUCAGGUUCUGCCUGAAAGCCUAAAGCAUGCUUAUGAGUCAAUGGAGAAGACUGGAACGUCAGAAAACUCUGAAGGCGCAGUCAUUGUUGAUUUCACCAAGCAUGGUGCCAAGAAACUCGGCAAGGCUAUUGUUAUCCGAAAGGAUGGUACUCCUCUAUACCUAACCCGAGAUAUUGGCGCCAUUGUCGAGCGUCACAACAAAUACCACUUUGACAAGAUGAUCUACGUUGUUGCUUCGCAGCAAGAUUUGCACUUGGCUCAGCUUUUCAAGGUCACCGAGCUCACAGGCCACAAGGACAUUGCAAGCAAAUGCCAACACAUCAACUUUGGCAUGGUCCGUGGUAUGAGUACCCGCAAGGGAACCGUCAAGUUCUUAGACGAUAUCCUUCGUGAUGUAGGCGACAAAAUGCACGAAGUCAUGAAAAAGAACGAAGCCAAGUACGAGCAAGUCGAAGACCCCCAUGCAACAGCAGAUACCCUCGGUAUCACCGCCGUCAUGGUCCAGGACAUGUCCGGCAAGCGCGUCAACGGCUACGACUUCAACCUCGAAACCAUGACCUCCUUCGAAGGCGACACGGGCCCAUAUCUGCAAUACGCGCACGCCCGUCUCUCCUCCAUCAUUCGCAAAGCAGAAAUUAACCCCGAAGAUCUCCCCAACGCCGACCUCUCCCCUCUCACCGAAUCUCACGCCAUCGAUCUCGCCCGAUAUUUAGCUCAAUGGCCCGACGUUGUCCUGAAUACAUACAAGACCCUCGAACCCACCACCGUGCUCACCUAUCUGUUCCGUAUGACCCACAUGCUCAGCUCCAGCUACGAUAUCCUACGCAUCGUCGGCCGCGAGGAAAAGACGGCUAAGGCACGUAUGGCCUUGUACGCGGCGGCUCGGCAGGUUUUGCAUAAUGGGAUGAAGUUGCUUGGAUUAAAUCCUGUUGAACGGAUGUAA